CAGAUAAAUAGGGGGGUUGUUUAAAGACACUUUUAUUCUCCCGAGAAGCAUACAACCAGUGUCUUUCAUCUCACGUAGAAGUGGCGCCGCCAUGCUUACAAAGUACUGUGUUGUUGUUAUAUUAGUCUUAUGUACAGCUCAGCUUAUUGCAGCAAAAGAAAUACCAGCAGUUAACAACAGCGUCGCAUGCGGACCGUCUAGACCCCUUGUCGUAACACAAGAAUUUGGGUUUCUGACGUCUCCUCGCUUUGAUAACUUCAAUUAUUAUCCCGCCAACAAGAACUGCUCAUGGACAUUCAAAGCACCAGAAGGAAAGGUAUUUCUACUGAAAAAGAUGUACUUCGCACUGAACCUGGAUUGCGGUACGGAUGCACUUCACCUCUACGAAGGUGAACCACCAAAUCAUAAGAAAAUCGGCAAAUACUGUGGAUACUGGGUACCCAUGACAUUUAGAUCAAAAACUAAUAUUUUGCAUCUGAACUUCAUUAGUGGGAGAACACCUCGAAAUGUUGGAUUCCAGUUUUACUUUCAGCAAAUGCUGCCUAUCAUCAGAUGUACGGAUGAACAGAUAACCUGCCGUCAUAGGACUAAAUGCUUACCGAAGGAAAAACAGUGCGAUGGCAUCGAUCAUUGUGGUGAUGGUACAGAUGAGGAGAAUUGUGGAGUCAGAAAUACAACGAAUGAGCAGUGUGGAAUACCCAAGAUACCUCCCGUGUUGGACAGCUACCGUAUUGUGGGAGGAAGAAUGGCUGUUCCCGGCAGCUGGCCAUGGCAAGCUUCUUUGCGUCUGGUUCAGAACGAGCCUUUCAGUCACUGGUGUGGCGGAGUCCUUUUUCAUAAGCAGUGGUUGCUAACCGCUGCUCACUGUUUCAAAAACGAUAACUUGAAUACCAAAAAAUGGAACGUGCUGCUGGGCAAACACUUUCGUCUUGUUCCAGACGAUACAGAGCAAGUCCGUUACAUGGAGUCAAUUCAUAUACAUCCCGAAUACCGAGGGCUCAACGAUUCCAAACCUUCCACGCCGUGGCUGAUUAGAAAACAGCAUGACAUCGCUCUGGUGAAGCUCAAUGCCCCUGUUACAGAGACGGAUUACAUAUCUCCCGUGUGCUUGCCAUCCGUCAACUAUACCUUAUCCCCCGGAACUAUGUGCUAUGUUACUGGAUGGGGAGAAACAUAUGGUACAGGUUCUGAACUAGAACUGAAACAGGCUGCAGUUCCUGUUGUGUCACUGGAAAAGUGCAGAGAGUGGCACAGAUUUUUUAACGUGGCUCCUACAAUGGUUUGUGCUGGACAUGCUGAAGGAGGUCAUGACUCUUGCCAGGUAAGAAACAGUGAAUUUUCUGUUUAA